GGACGGGGGUGGGGGGCUCCCGCACCGCCGCGCUAUCUGCCCGCAGCUCCUGGAAUUCCUUUGCUGUGUGGGCUUAGGCGGGCUCGUAAACACCGGGCUUGGGAGGCGAUGGGGAGCUGACCUGGAAGGGAGCCCGGACCUGUGCGCUGCCGCGGCUCCCCGCCCCCCUCGAAGCGCUUUUCCUGCCGCCGUGUGCGGUGUAGACGCAGGCGGGUUUCAGGGUGCGUGGGCGUGUUUGGGAAGAAGCUGCGAGCUGAUAGGAGUGACGCCAGCCUGCCCUAGCCUCUCGGCCCAGGGUAGCACUGGGUGUCUUCCACCUGCCCUGCUGGUCUGAGCAUUUUAUUGGUAUAGCUCGCUGGAUCUUCGAAGUGACUUGGGUUAGCUCCAUGGGAGAAGUUGAGGCACAGAAUGAGGAAUCAAUUUGCUCAAAGUUAUAUGGAAUGAUGUAUUUGUGGCCUUGGACAUGAAGUAAUCAGACCUCUGUUGCUGUUAACAUAGGCUCAGGGACUGAUGAGGAAAGCAUGGACCUAAUGAACGGGCAGGCAAGCAGUGUUAAUAUCGGGGCUACAGUUUCUGAGAAAAGUAGCAGCUCUGAGUCAUUAAGUGAGAAGGGCUCUGAAUUGAAGAAAAGCUUUGAUGCUGUGGUAUUUGACGUUCUUAAGGUUACGCCAGAAGAAUACGCGGGUCAGAUAACACUAAUGGAUGUUCCAGUGUUUAAAGCUAUUCAGCCAGAUGAACUUUCAAGUUGUGGAUGGAAUAAAAAAGAAAAAUACAGUUCUGCACCAAAUGCAGUUGCUUUCACAAGAAGAUUUAAUCACGUAAGCUUUUGGGUUGUAAGAGAGAUUCUCCAUGCUCAGACCCUGAAAAUAAGAGCAGAAGUUUUGAGCCACUAUAUCAAAACCGCUAAGAAACUAUAUGAACUCAACAACCUUCAUGCUCUCAUGGCUGUGGUUUCUGGCUUACAGAGUGCGCCAAUUUUCAGGUUGACUAAGACGUGGGCGUUAUUAAGUCGAAAAGACAAAACUACCUUUGAAAAGUUAGAAUAUGUAAUGAGUAAAGAAGACAACUACAAAAGACUCCGAGACUAUAUAAGUAGCUUAAAGAUGACUCCUUGCAUCCCCUACUUAGGUAUCUAUUUGUCUGACUUGACCUACAUUGACUCAGCGUACCCGUCCACAGGCAGCAUUCUAGAAAAUGAGCAAAGAUCAAAUUUGAUGAAUAACAUUCUUCGAAUAAUUUCUGACUUACAGCAGUCCUGUGAAUAUGAUAUUCCCAUGUUGCCUCAUGUCCAAAAAUACCUGAACUCUGUUCAGUAUAUAGAAGAACUACAAAAGUUUGUGGAGGACGAUAAUUACAAGCUCUCCUUAAAGAUAGAACCAGGAGCGAGUACACCGCGCUCAGCUGCCUCCAGGGAAGAUCUGGCAGGUCCUGACGUAGGAGCCUCGCCACAAGGCGGGAGGAAGAGCAGUGCUGCCGAGGGAGCCUUACUGCCACAGACGCCCCCGUCCCCUCGGCACCUCAUUCCACAUGGACACAGGAAGUGCCAUAGCUUGGGUUACAAUUUCAUUCAUAAGAUGAACACAGCAGAAUUUAAGAGUGCAACGUUCCCAAAUGCAGGGCCACGGCACCUGCUGGAUGAUAGCGUCAUGGAGCCACACGCACCAUCACGAGGCCAAGCCGAGAGCUCUACACUUUCCAGUGGGAUAUCCAUAGGGAGCAGUGAUGGUUCUGAACUAAGCGAAGAAACCUCAUGGCCAGCUUUUGAAAGGAACAGAUUAUACCAUUCUCUCGGCCCGGUGACAAGAAUGCCACGAAAUGGCUAUCGAAGCCACAUGAAGGCCAGCAGUUCUGCAGAGUCGGAAGACUUGGCGGUGCACCUGUACCCAGGGGCUGUUACUAUUCAAGGCGUUCUCAGGAGGAAAACUUUGUUAAAAGAAGGCAAAAAACCCACAGUAGCAUCUUGGACAAAGUAUUGGGCAGCCUUGUGUGGAACACAGCUUUUUUACUAUCCUGCCAAAUCUCUGAAGGCUACAGAAAGAAAGCACUUCAAAUCAACGUCAAAUAAGAAUGUGUCUGUGGUGGGCUGGAUGGUGAUGAUGGCCGAUGAUCCAGAGCAUCCAGACCUCUUUCUGCUGACUGACUCCGAGAAAGGAAAUUCAUACAAGUUUCAAGCUGGCAGCAGGAUGAAUGCAAUGCUGUGGUUUAAACACUUGAGCGCGGCCUGCCAGAGUAACCGGCAACAGGUUCCUACAAACUUGAUGACUUUUGAGUAAAAGCCUGAGAAAGAAGAGGAGCGCUGUUCCCGUGUAGAGCCAGGACCUGCCGAGAGCCCCAGCCGCACCAUCCCGUGCCAGGAAGAGCCCCCAGGCUCCAGCCCAGCCUCCGGAGCUCAGAACCAAAAGCACUAAUUUCAGGGAAUGAAGUGAGAUGUUCCCAGAGAAAAACAAUGGAGUUGCAAAACAAACUGCCAUGAACUACGCUCACCUCCGAACUGACCUGUGGAAACCACUGCCUUAACAGAGUGCGAGGAGAACCGACGCCAAAUAGUGUGUGUGCGCGUCUUCUGGCGGUGCUGUGCUUGGAAUAAAUCGUAGCUAAUUUGCAUUUCUUUUAACUUUGUACUAAUUCUGGAGGGGAAACCAUCUUUUUUAGAUACACUUUAAAACGGAAAAACAUUUCUUACGGAUUCCAUCAGGAGCUGUUUAGGUGCAGUGAGAAGUCCUUGUGAGGAACGGGCCCACAGGGUCUGCUCAGCCUCUGCUAGUGGCUCCCUCACUCCUACAGCAGGACCCAGGAGUGACACGGUGCGGGAGCUGUGGGUGCUGUCUGGGCUAGGGCACACUUUACUCUGGAUGAGGGAUGCGUUUAAACACUACAGUUUGGAAUUCAGUGCUAGAAGGAGAAUAUGAUUCCUGCAGGAGGUACAAUGGCCGAGUGUUCACAUGCCAGCAGGCACAGUAAACACGGAUGUUUCUAACCACGGUUAAAGUUUAACUUUCUGUAUGAAUUCAUUGUUGGGCCCAAAUCCACCUAGGAGCAUGGUGAUCCCGUGCUGCGGUUUCUGUAGCCUUUUCUCGAGUCAAGUGGAUUCUCCAGCCACAGGCAUCAUCGCCACGGGGAAGACCCUGGUGCUCCCCGGGUAUUGCCCUUUGCAGUGUUUAAUGUGCAGUAUGCCAGACUUAUUUCUUAUUGAAUUUGUUUUUGUUCAGUAUGAGGUUCAAAAGCAUUCGUGUUUAAAAGACUCUUCAUGUAUAUGUAUGUAUUUUAUUGUAAGACAAAACAGUUUUAAGAAGAAUAAAGGCAAAGUUUGCAGUUCUAGGAAUUAAAAAUAUAAAACCUUUUCUCGUAUGACUUCACACAAUGUACCAGAACAUUUUUCAGAAAGUUAUUCUCGCUCCCCAAUCUGAAAACCAUGUUUUGUUAGUAACUGACCAAGUUUGAGAGAGCUGUCCCAAGCAAUUACACAUUUAACUUUUAAAAGGAAUGCUGGAUUUGACAUAGCUUAGAAUUUUAACCAGAAGUAGCAGUUGACUGCUGUGGGGUUGGUUCCCACUUUCAUAGUGGCCCGUGUGGAAAGGCCCUGACUGAUGGACACCUCCUAGCAAACUGCUCACUCUGUCAGUCUCAUGUAGUCUCACAUUUGUGUCCUUCAAGAACUGAAUACUUAACCGGAAGUAUUUUAUCACCACAUCCCCGGAGCUUCAUUAGAAAAUACUGUCUGCCGUAAUUAGCUAAAAAAGAAGUUAGUCCAAGAGAAAGGGAAGACUGAGGAUUUCUGAUUUGAAUAAUUCAAAUAUGUUUGUCAUGUGACAGAAAUACCAUAUUUGGGGUUUCAUUGACAAGCAGAGGAAGGCAAAUGUUGCCGAUUUUUCCGAUAAUGGGGUCUAAGUUAACCCAGUUGGGUAUCCACAGACAGAGUCUGAGUGGCCGGCUUUCUUUUCUUUUUCUAAUCCCUUAGUUUAUUUUGAUCCAGAGUAAUUUUUAAAUAAUAUGCACGCCGUCUUUGAGGUACUGUGAAUGAGAACCCUGUGGCUGUUGUAUUACUACUUCGUCAUGAAAAAGCUAAAGCCGUCACAUUGUAGGUGAUCACAGUGGUGAAGAUAGGUAGCCAGCAGAGUCCAGCCUCACAGAGAAAGGGCGAAAUGGAAGCUGUGUUCAGUACAUCCAGCUCUGGACACUUAUGGAUGGGUAGAGAAAGAACCGAAUUCAGAUUUGAUUAGCCAGGCUCCUGGCUGAAACUAAAACUUUUUCUACCUUCAGAUUUGCUCUAAGGAUCAACCAUUGAUUUUUAGGAUGGUUUUAGAACCCGUGAGGAGGAGAUAGAAUAGGUGAGGUUUAUCUGUAGUUCACCAAAUAGUAUUAGAUUAUAAUUGAAGCAAAGAAAACAUUGCCAAAGUAUAGUGAAUAUUUGAGUAUUUUAUUUAUUGGAGAAUGAAUCCUAUCACGCUCACCCUCGGUUGUAAAUUAAUGAUUAACUGGGUCAUUUCCCAUGAACAUUAAAGCCCGUUUGCUUCUCUCAUAGCCAAGGAGAACUUUUAGAGAAAUUCAAUUAAAAUCUAAACUUUAUAAACAGACUGAAUGGAAUAUUGUAUGGCCUGGUGCAAUAGUGUGUAGCACUGGCCAUAUCUCAUCUGACAAUGAAUUCAAACACAGAGGCUUAUUUUUCUGUCUUUAAAGUGCACCUGUGACAGUGACUGCAUGAUGUCCCCAGGCACUGCUUUGGGCUUCAUGUGCUUGCUUUUCAGAAUAUUGCAAUAUGCUGUCUAAAACUGUAAGGAUCAGAAGACUUGAUGGAAUACAUCUUUCAGUUUGGUUUCAUUCAGUGUGUACUUGUGUUAACAGUUCAAAAAGAAUCCAACUUGGGACUGUAUUUUUCUGUCUUCGUAGACAUGUUUCAGUGGCAAUUAUUUUUUCUGUGUCAUCAGUACCAUCUGCCAUUGUGCCCCCUUCUGCAGUCUCUUGCUCUUGACAUCGAGUCAGUUACAAUGUUCAUAACUGCAGACUUGUUUUAGUCUUGGAGAUUUAUAAGAAGCCCAACAAGCAACAUUGUAAUCCAGGAGGAAUGUAGCCUGCUUAGACGCCUCCCUGCAUGGUUGAAGCAUGGGUGAGCACAGCCUCAUCAGUCUGUGGGGCUGCAUUUACCCAUCCAGAUGACCUCAACAUAAAGUCUUUCUUCAUGAAGUUAAACCUGUAAAGUUUCUGUGUUUAAAACUGAGGCAUUAUAUUGAUUGGAAAUCAGUGCUAAUUAGACUUACUAACUCAUUGGCUUUUUAGAAUAACGUACCCUUCCCUUUUAUUGAUGGACGUUUCUUUCCAGCUGGGUUUAAGCCAUCCUAUUACCUUCCACAGACGAGACUUGCUGGUAUUGCUUCAUGGAAGAUUGGCUUUAAUCAAAAGAAAUCCUAUGCCUCCGGCGCUUGUAAAAGAAUUGGAUCCUUUUGAAAUGGAUGCUGAAGUGCACUGUGCUGACCAACAGCGGUGAACACCGCCACUGCUCAGAGGGUGACAAAGCAAGCAGUGGUUGGAGCGUGUCUGACUUGGGCCUCCUUUUAGGGCUUGUGUUCAUUUUCUUUUAUAUCAUUUCUUAGAAAUAUAGUACCAUCCUAGUUUUGUAGCCAGGAGGGUAUUGCUUCUUCAAGCCUCUGAGGUACAAGAAUUGCUAUUAAACAGUACUGAUGAUAAAUUCCGUGCGAACCUUUCCAAAAUGAUUUAAGUACCUUUUGGAUUUGCUUCCCUAAAAAUGGCUUGUGUCUAAAUUGACUUUUCAAUUUGAGAAUCUACUGAAGAGAUGUAUAGACACCAGUUCCUCAGCCCAGUGAAAGCAUUGCUUUUUACCUAUCUCCAGCCGGAGUGUGGGGAAAAUUGGGUCAGUAUCUUAGCAAUUUGAAGGCCAGUUUUAGGGUAUUGAGAGUGACUAAAACCACCUGCCCUCUUAACCCUCUGAUGUGAGGGGCGUGCUGUCCCUCUCUCCACCCACCAAAUCUAAACAGUCGUAAAGAAGACUCUAGACAUCUAGAUACUCACAGUCCUCUGCUCUUAGAUCUUAAUUCUUUUUCAAAUAAGCUUGCCUCCCUGUUGCUGUCCUGUCCAGGAAUGUGAGAAAUAGAUCCACUCAGAUCAACCUUCUGAUGAGCUCUCAAUGUUGGCUUUGAAGAGCCUCCGUCUAGCUGAGUGUACCUUUAUUUUGUGUGGUUUUGAGCUUAGGUUUAAUGAUAAGACCUGUUGGGGAAACCCUAAAGGAAUAAAAUACACACAGAAGGAGUUGUUGAGAUUUUCUAAAAUACCAUGAUGGCCGUCUGUUGAGCCAGAAAUGAAACUUAUUUCAGUUUCCUACUUAAGACAGAAUGAACAAGCAGUCACUUCUCCUGCUUGUUACUACUAACUUGAACAUAUGCGGGAACGGUGCCACACUAAUAAUAAAUCAGGGGGAGACUCAGCCAGGGCAGUUUGAAAACAUUGUGCUUAAGACAUUGAAAGUCCAGGAGAUACCGUCAUCUGAGUAGGAAUGCUGUUUUCAGGGUCCUUCGUGAACAGACAUAUACAUACACACAGUCUCUGGACACAAGGAAGGGCUAGCUGCUCCUUGGGGGCUGUUAGCAAAACUUAAAGUCUGACAGCCAGUUGGUCUGCAAAAUAGAGUUAAGGGAGUCCAUGGAGAGCUUGGGGAUAGGAAGACAGAAAACACCAAAUAUUAGCAGAAUAUUUCAAAUGUUCAUGCCAAGUAAAAAAAUGUCAGGUCCCUGAAGAUGUCACUUGAAAGAACUACUCAAAAUAGGAUUCUAAGAAGUACUAACUUAACAGGUGUGACAAAGGGAGAUAAUGGGACACGGAAGUCUCUAGUGUUUCUGUACCUUGACUGCUGACUCUCUUCAUUCUCCAACAGCCUACUGAAGGAGCUGGAAGGAGGAACUCAGACAUCUUAGGGAUAAUUACCCAAAACUAAUAAUACAAAAAAAAAAAAUCACAAGCCAUUUUAUUCUCUGUUCCAGUUAACUUGAGGUACUUAAUGAUGAAGUAUUUGCUUGCACUAUGACCUCCUCCUCGGGUGACGUGCAACUUGGUUCCUCUCUGGUUUUGUUUCUUUUUAAUAUGCAGAAGUGAGUGUGUGAUCUUCAGUGUGUUUGCAUAAGCUAACUUAAAUUGAAUUUAAGAACAGUUUUCUGAACUAUUUCUAUUGAAAUAAAUGACUUAAAAGUGUA